CAGCCGGAGCCAGGGCGCGAGCCAGGCUGGGCGUUUCCUCCGGAUGCAAGCCUGCCUCUCUGCUGGCGGGCUUCCCGGGGGAGGCAUGUGGCGGGCCGCUGGGCUGCUCCUUCGGCCUGCUCCACCUGCAGGAGCCGUCUCUGCUGCCCUCCAGAUGCGUCCCAGCCAGGGCGGAGCCGCUCCGCCCGCCUUGGAUAGGGGCGACCUCUCCGCCUCCAGCGCGGCCGGUAUUGGACGCAGGCGAAGCCACCAUCGCCCCGGGAGCUGGACGGGCGGGAUAUGCAAGCCCAAGGGGCCGGCGGGGGGGGGAGAAGUUGCCCCCCCACUCUCCCCCCCCCGGAGGAUGCGGCUCCUUUAAGGGCCGCCCGGCGGCCGCUGGGGGCGCUGCGGAGCCGGCCGCUGGAAUCUUCCGCGCUGUCCGCCGCCGCGCAGGUGCCGCCGCCGAACCGGGGAGAGGGGGCCUCUGCAUGCUGCGGGGGAGCACGGAGAGCUUGGGGCCGAGCGUCGGCAUGGAGCGGAGAGCGCAGUCUCCUUGCCCAGCUCUGCACUCCUGCCACCCUCCAACGGCCACCAGACCAGGGCUUCCCCGUUGCGCUGAGAUGAUCUGAGGAGGGCCUGGAAGGAACAGGGAGACUGCUUUUUUAAGAUGACCCGAACGGACCCGCCUGAUAUCCUGGUGUCUACAGUGUAUCAGGGCAUCAAAGUGGCCUCAGUUGCCCCCUCCCAGUCUGCCUUCUGCCCGCCCGUGAGGCAAUGUGACACCCCCAUGUCUUCCUCCCUGGAGAAUCAGCACCCCCAGCGCUUCAACAAGCGGCACUGUCGCAGCUUUGACUUCUUGGAGUCCCUGGACGAGCUGCCCUCCCCCCCUCCGGCCAUGGAGCGCCCCCCCCAGCGGCCCCCCACGCCAGAACCGUCUCCCACUCCUGCCGGUGGCAGGAAGGCUUCCCUCAGGGCCACAGCUCUGGAGGAGUAUGUCAGCAAGGCCUACUCCCGCGGAAGGGACGUCCCAAAGGAUCCAGCCCCUCAGGUAGAGCCCAAGAGGCGCUCCCGGUCCAAGAGCGCCCCCCGGGUCAAGUCCACCUUCACCCCGGUGGCCAUCCCCAUGUCCUCGUGCUCUCCGCCAGCACCGACCAGGAGGGGGCGUGAGGCCCACCGGGUGUCGCGGGAUCCUGAGCGAGCAGAGCUGUCCCCGCGCCGUGAGGGUAGCUAUGCUUCUAUGAAGGCCCUGAUGAAUGAGGUCCACCCCAUCAAGCUGCAGCCUCAGCGCAGCAGCAGCCGCUUUUCGCCCCUUUGUGUCACCGGGGCAAACUGCUACGAGGAGGCCCCCCCGGCUGUGAGGCCCCCCCCCCCACCGCCAAGCGUGCACGUCAAGUGCCGUGUGGACAUCAAGCCGGAUGAGGCCACGGUGAUGCACACAGCACGCAGUGCCAAAGCCUCACAUGGCCACGGGGAAGCCCUGCCAGCCUGGCCCAGGCCUCCGGGCACCGCUCACAGCUUGACAGUGCCCAGCAGUCGGCAAGUGUCCAUGUCUCGGACUCCCACGCCAAGCGACACCUACAGUGGGGAGCACCGGCUGCUGGCACCAUACCCUGCUGACCUCUGUGAUGGAGGCCCUGCCGUGCCCGAAGGUGGCUGCACCCCAUACCCUCCCUACAUGCCCACCAAGUUCUUCUAUGCUGAGGAGCCCCUUCCCUCUGGCAACUUCCCUCUGAAAGGCUCUGGCUAUGAGGGGUAUCAUCCCCAUUAUGGGGGGCAAGUCCUCCCCCCCCAGCCCUUUUAUGCAGAAGAACCUCCACAGGGCAGCUUCCACCCUCUCCAGGCCAGAACAUUUUUUGUGGAGGAUAACAGGACUUACCCCAUCCAGGAGGCCCCUGCUGCCCGGACUUACUUUGGGGAUGACCCCCACUUUUACACCCCCAGGACCCCUCCUGUGAAAGCCAUCUAUGCUGAAGACCCCAGGGCUUACCCUCCCUUGAGGUCCAACCCCCGAGUCUUCUACACGGAGGAUUAUGGGAAAUACCACGAGCGGGAAGUCGUGUCCCGAACUUACCCCCACCCCCGCAGCGCUCCUCCGCCUGUGCAGUUCAAUGACUGGUACUCCCCCAACAGGGGGGCACUGCCCUACCAGACGUGGCAGAUGUGCCGUUUCCCAGCCCACCAGCCUGCUCCCCGGGGAGCCAUGCUGUCCUCCUGGCACGCCAGCUACAGCGUCAGCCCUCCCCGGCUUGGCAUGGAUACGCGGCACUACUCAAAGUCCUGGGACAACAUCCUGACUCCCCACAUGCACCGGGAGGACCCUCUGUUGCGCGGGCGCAGCUAUGAAAACCUAUUGGCCCGGGAUCCUCAUCGUGCCUUAUCCCCUGAUGACCGGCGCCAGCCAGUAGUGAUCAACCUGUCCAGAUCGCCCAAGCGCUAUGCUGCUCUUUCACUCUCUGAGAAUUCCCUCAUUGAGAAGAUGCAUGUCGAUGGGGGGCGCCAUGGCUGGUUUGUCACCCCGGAGAUCACCAUCACGGACAACGACAUCCGGGCAAACAGCUUCUGUAAGAAUGAGCGGCGCUCAGCCAGCUGGGAUGUGUUGGAUUCGGGUGAUGCCCGAGACAGGGGCUGCAUCCCAGCCCGGCCCUACAUCCCAGAUUCCACUGCCAAGGAGAACGCUGCCCGCCAGCGCAGCCUGGAGCAGUUGGACGAGCUCAUCACGGACCUAGUCAUUGACUACAAACCCCCUUCCAUUUGCCAGCCCAGCGAGGUCAGCAAUUUGGCGGACCAACUCCGGCAAUUAAUUAGUGACGGAAUGGCCCUGCCUCCCAAGAAGCCGGAAUCCUGGAAGUCUCUGGAGCCCCUCCCCACCAAGGAGCAGCCUGGACGCAGCCUCUUCCACGCGGAGCUCCGCAAGGACCAAGGCCGGCGAACCGCUGAGGGGCCUGUCCUCACUGGCCCCUUUGAGAAGUCCUUGGACGACUGCUCCCCAGACCUCAGUGCAGACGAGGACGACGUGAUGAUGUGCUCCAACGCCAAGUGCCGGCGGACAGAGACGAUGUUCAAUGCCUGUCUCUACUUUAAGUCUUGCCACAGCUGCUACACUUACUACUGCUCCCGCAACUGCCGGCGGGAGGACUGGGACACCCACAAGGAGAGCUGCAUCUACGGGCGGAUUGGCAGCACCUGUCGCCACGUGCUCCAGUUCUGCCGGGAGAAUGGGGAGGUGCACAAGGCCUUCUCCCGCAUCGCCAAAGUGGGCUUCCUCUCCCGGGGCCGCGGAGUGCUCUUUCUGGGCUUCCCCAACUCGGGCUCGGCAGAGAACUUCCUGCAGUUCGGCUUGGAGAGCUUGCUGAUGUCGCCCACCUACCUGUCGCUGAGGGAGUUGGAGGGCUACUCAGACAACCUUGGGGACUAUGCCCGGGAGCUGCAGGAGGCUGGCCACCAGUACGACCCGGAUGAAUGUUUCCUCCUGAAUGUCACUGUGGCAGUUGGGCAGAACGUCCCUGAGAGGCCGUCCCCAAAAGUGCAGGUGCCGACGGUCCGCAAGUACGCCAAGGUGGCGUUAGCAUCCUCCAGCCCUGAAAAGAAGAUCCUCAAGAAAGAGCGAGACAUGGAGACGCUGAUCCUGACGCCUCCUCCCGGCACGGCGGACAUCGACAAAGAGGGUGAGGAAGGACGCAAAGCCCGUGAAGUCUGUUUCAUCAACAUCCAGCGGGAGCUGCGCAUCCGCGGCGUCUUCUUGAGGCACGAGUUCCCCAAGAUUUAUGAGCAGCUCUGUGCAUUCGUGGAGAGCAACAAGCGCUUCACGCCCACCACCAUUUACCCCAUUGACAAGAGGACUGGGAAGCAGUUCAUGUGCAUGAUCAUGGCGGCCUCCGAGCCACGCACUCUCGAUUGGGUGGCGAGUCCCAACCUCCUGGAUGACAUCAUGUGAUCCCUCCUCUCCUCUCCUCCCAAGGGUCUCUUCUUGGUUGCCCUUUUCUUAAGAGGUGUAUCUUAUUUUCUGAGUAAUAAUGUGCUUGGUAUGUUCGUGUUCUUUCUACAGCCUAUCUUUGCCCGGGGAAUGUGUCAGCCCAGCGAGGGGAAGCUUCCCUGGGGAAAGAUCCUGCCUGUAGUGCGCCUCCACCUUAGUGGCUUCUGGGUACUGAAAGCUGAAAUGCCUCCUUCUGAAAUGUGAACCGGGAGUUUUGAAAUGUCCAGUUGGGAAAACACUGUAGUGAUUUUUAAAAUCUCAACAACUUAAAAAGUUUUACUGGCUUA